CUCGGGAGUCUUGGCGGCGGCCCCGCCCCCGUCGCCAUGGGAACAGCCGCGGCGGCUCCGGCUGCACCUCCUCCGUCUCCUCGGGCAGGGCAGGCAGGGCCAGCGGAGCCGGGGUUGAGCGCACGGAGACGCGGGGAGAGCGAAGAGGAGGAGCGGAGAGGAGCUGGGUUGAGGGAGCGCACCGAGCCGCCGUCACCCCCAGCCCUGGGUCUCUGUGCCAGUCCGGUCCCGGUCGUGGCCCCAGAGGGGGAGGCGGCCAGACAGGCGAUGUGAGCUGCCCGUGGAGCCAUGAGCUCCGCCUGGACUCCAGACUACGAGGCGCUGUCCCCGGCAGGGGCUCCAGGGCCGGGGGGGUCCGGGGGGUCCGCGGGGCUGGACGCUGAGCAGCGAACGGUCUUCGCCUUUGUUCUCUUCCUGCUGCUGUUCCUGGUGCUGCUCAUGGUGCGCUGCGUCCGCAUCCUCCUGGACCCCUACAGCCGCAUGCCUGCCUCGAGCUGGACCGACCACAAGGAGGCACUAGAGAGGGGCCAGUUCGACUAUGCGUUGGUGUGAAGGCAGAGCGGAGGGGUCCCGCGCCUCCCGGCCCGGCCCCGAAAUCCCACCCUCUCUCUCCUCCCUGCCCCGGCAGCCUCCCCCGCCCCCAGGCUGGUCUAGAAUCCACGGCCCAGAGCCGCCUCCGUUCUCGCACCCCAGCCUGGGCUAGGGCUUCCCAAACUCACGCCCUGUCACUUCACUGCAUCCAUGAACCCCCCCGGGCCGAACCUCAGGCUUUCCUUGCCCAGAUCCCCCGGUUCCCACCUGGCCUGGCCGGGGACGCGCGGUCCAGGAGCUCUCCCAUUCCCCUGGCCCCAAACCUAGUCUAGGCCUCCCUUUUCCAACCCAGAUUGCAUCUCCAGCCCGGAACCAGAAUCCCGGGCUUCUCCUGACUGACUCCUGCUUCCAAGCUCCCGCAGCCCCCGCCCGAGGCCACAAGAUGAGCGGGCCCAAGGUCUGGCAGUUGAUGUUUUUCAGAGUGGAGUGGCCCAUUCUCCCCACCCACUUCCAUCAGGAAAGCACUAGAGUGAGCAAGCUCUGGGAGGCAGGUCCCCUGCCCCUGGGCUUUGGGGAGCUCUUCAGGCCGGGAAUGGGGGCUGCUCGUGGGCCUCUUACCCUGCACCUGCGCUGCCCGCUCCCUAGUGAUGGAUAGUCCAAGCUCUGGAUGCUGCAACCUCCUCCUUUUCCUCUGCCCGUCUGACCUCCCGGCUUCCCCUUCCCUUAUGACAGCUGUCUGGCCAUUCUCCCAGAGCACUCAGGACUGACGCCCCUUCCCAAGCCUGGGACUGCAAAAUCCAGUUACUCAACCCCCCCCCCCCUAGGGAUCAUCUUCCAGAUUGAGAAAUUCAACCAACCCACUCCCCUUCCCCACUCCCAGCCCUCUGGCCCCUCAAUGCACCAAGCAUUUGGUAAGCACCAAGCCUCUUUUUCCAAGGGUUGACCUCCUGGUCAAGGGGAUCCUGACUGAAGGGCUUCAUCAAGGCCCUGGGGGCAGUGAGGGGAGUAUGUUUGUGAAGGAUACAAUGGAACCCAUCUCAACACUUCUUGAAUGUCUACCGAGUGAAGGGCAGCAGGUGGCUCAAACAGACUUAGUGAUGGGUUUCUUUGACAGGGCUCUAGCUAGCUGCAGGUCAGCCCCGACCCCUUAUUAGCUACCCUCCCUCCCCGCCUUUCCCCCAUCAUGGAGGGGAUUGUCAGCUGAGAGCUGAUAGAAUUGUGGCCAAUCUGCCCUCUGUGACCCCACCGCACUCUCCUCACGUGACUGUGGUAACCUCUAAGCCUGUCUCCCCAGCCCUAACCAGGGGCCUUCUGCCCUCCCAGACCCCACAGGCUGACUUGUUCUCCACCUCUGUGCCUUCAUUCCUCCCAUUUCCCCGCCUAGAAUGGCACCCCCAACUCCUUGGCCCCCUGAUCUUUUUCCUUAUGCUAUCCUUAACACAUUUCCUCCUUUUGCUUUGCUGUCUGUCUCCCCCCCCCCCAAAAGCAUGGAAGCUUAUGAAGGACACGGGGGCUUCUUCCCCCUGGAUUACCAUGAGGGUUUUUCAUUCGAGGCCGGUGCCUGGCCAGCUCCCCGUCACCCCUGCUCCGCCCCGCAGGAUUACCCAGUUCCCACAAGUGCUGAGCCUGCACCCACCCGGCUGGGCUCCAGGACCAAAGCAGCUCCCCCAGACUUCCUGCCUGAGCUUAAGCUAGCAGAGGCACCAGGACGGGCCCAACCCAGGCCAGGGGAAGGGGAGGGAGGCUGGGCAGUGGACAGAGGCAACACCGCAGCGACUGUAGCUCAGGCCCAAUAAUAAACAACAAUCACCCUGUCCUGAA